UUACACAAAUCACUACUUUAGGUUGGCAUGUUUCCGAUUCGCUCUUAUCGGAUUAUUGAAAUAUUCAUGUAACGGAACGAUCAUUAUAGUGGAAGUAAAUAGAAAACAAAUUUAUUUUUGACAUCACAACUGCCCAUUCUCUAGUAGGACGUAGGCGUAACAUAAACACAGGCGUAAACACGGUGGCGAAAUGCUGCCUGCGGCUGCUGCAGGAAGUUGUAUAUUUGAAUCGAUUCAACGCGGUGAAAUCGAUCGAGUAUCCCAGUUAUUACAGCAGGAUCGGGGACUCUUGAAGCAAAGAGGUUGGGGAGGUUUUACAGCCCUCCACUUUGCUGCCCUCCAUGGAAACAGACCGAUGGUUGAGCUUCUGCUAAACAAUGGUGCUGAUCCAAACAUCCCAUGCGAUGCAGGACAGACUCCUUUUCACUUCGCUUGCAGAAAUGGCAAUAUCUAUAUCAUGCACAAAAUGAUGCAGCAUGGCAUCGAUUUAAAGCUGGUAGAUGAGCAAGGGAAGACAUCUCUUCUUCAUGCCGUCAGUGGUGGAAGUGUUAUUGCCAUCCACUACCUGUGGGAGACUGGAGUGUUUAGUUUCUCAGAUGCAGAUUAUUAUCAGGUCACUCCACUUCAUUUGGCAGCUUCCACAGGAAAUGUUGACGUUGUCCGGUAUCUCCUGAGAUCACAGAGAUGUACACCCGAUGCAGUUGACCACAGGGGGGCAACAGCGCUUCACGUGGCUGCAGAGAAAGGCAUGAUUGAGGUGUGCUGGAUACUGAUGAAGACUGCUGGACUCCACAUUUUACACAUGAAAAAUCAUACUGGCCUCACACCACUAGAUCUCUGUAAUCGGGGAAAUACUUUUAGACAUCAGCAACUCUCCAGGAUGUUGACGCAGUUCAGCAAACGACCAAAGGAUCUGAAACCUAAAGAUUCAUAUGUGAUGUACUACUGGAUGCUGAUGUUGCCGUCUCUCAGUGUGGCGACGGCUCUCAUAAUCUCUGCAGCUCUGGGUGAAUAUGGUGCCAUUUUCUCUGCGCUGAUGUUUCCCUUUAUGGCAAAGGUCAUGCUCUCACAAUACCACAGACUGAGCAGCUUUCAAAGGUUACCAAACCCCAUUUACCUUGGAACACUAACAGCGGGGAUAAUUCAUUCUUUGGCUUGCUUUUUCUAUAAAGUUUUACCUAGUUUGUGGCCAGCUCACACCCUGUUACACAUUACGAUUGUCCAUUUCUUUGUGCUCAUUGGACUUUUUUGGAAAGUUCUAUACCAGAACCCAGGACAGCUAAAUAAGGGUGAGAUUGAUGCCCGGUUUUCCAGCGUAGGAGACUUACUGGAAGCCAACCAAAGCCCAGACAUAUUCUGUAUUUACUGUGAGCUGAUCCAAGUGGACAACUGCAAACACUGCCGUUUGUGUGACGUGUGCAUCAAGGACUACGACCACCACUGUCUCUUUAUCAAUCAGUGUGUGGGGCGGGACAACCACCGCAUAUUUAUUUUUUUCCUCAUGGUCCUGAUAAUGGGCCACCUGCUCUUCAUCUUCAGUAGUGGGCACUACCUUCAUCUGAAGCUCUCAGUCCUGCAGCGAUAUGAUUGGCGGUCUGCAGCUGCGAGAGAAGCCUGGGUCAUACUGUUGACCCUUCUCAACGUCCUCUCGAUGAUCUGGGUGAGCUGGUUGCUAGGUGAACAACUUGAUGCCAUUUCAAUGGGAACAACCACCUACUUUAAGUACAACCAUAAGAGGCCUUCUAAAAGACAACGCUUGGCGACUUUGAUUUCUUUUCUGCUCGAGGGGAAAAGAAGUCAACUGCAUUUUCAGUCUUUUAACAUAUAGAGAUUUUAAUGUGAAGAUUUUAAUUACAAAGAAACAGUUCCCCUUUUCUUCUUUGUAUUUUAGGUUGCUUUUUAUGUUAAGGUUGACAGCAUCUGUGACAUGCAUUCGAUAUUCAUAGAGGAACCAUUUUAACUGCUAUAUAGCAGCACCUAUACAGAACAAUAUGGUGCUAUGUAGAAUCAUAAGUGGUCUUAUAGACGGUUUCAUCGAACGCAUGGGCGUUGUCGCGGUUACGGGUCUGAACGGAGCUUAACUUCCGGUUUUUGUUUGUUUGAUGGGCUGGCUAGUGGCUAACCUGAACUCUGGAACAAACACCUUGUCGAAAAUAACAAAUGUGAAGGGAGGUUGGCAGCCGAUCGGUAGUUAACAUUUCAUAAACAAGGUAAACUUUUGUUCCACGAAAGUCGUUUGUUUAUGUUGUGACUGCUGAAACAGUCUGUAGCACCACUUAUGGUUUUACAUAUAGGAAAAUCAUACUGGGGAAAUAUUUAGUUUUCGAAAAAGUGUCCUAGUACUUGUUCCUGUAAAUUAGUAGCAGAACUAAGUCGUCCGAAUGCGGCUUAUGUAGGACCGCAAGUAGUGCUAUAGCACCCUAUGAACCACUUCUAGUGCUAUUUAGCACCAUUAUGUUUGUUUGUUUAUUAAGAUCCCCAUUAGCUGCUGCAAAGGCAGCAGCUAUUCUUCCUGGGGUCUAUAGACUUCAACAACCAAAAAUUUAUAUAUUCUUAUAACAUAAAACCAUAUAUUAUACAGACAAAAAUGGAGUGCACACAUUAAUACAUAACAAUACAACUACAUACUAAAAAUAAAAAUAAAAACAAACAAAAACAACAACAGCUCUACAUUAUUCAUUCUCACAAUACACAGUUACAGCAAUACUACCACUACUCUUUAACCAUUCAUAUCAGAAAAGCAACAAAUAUAAAUAAUAACAAUUAUUCUAAUGUAAACAGAUAAAGUCUUAAUCUUUUACGAAAAUUCAUUGCAUUCAUUCCCAAAAUCAAAAACUGCGGAAGAGAAUUCCAUGCCACCAUUGCUCUAUACAGCACUGUCUUUUGUAUAAGGUUGGUUCGACACGGAGGUAACAAAAAGCGACUCUCUAUGUGUAUUUAUACUGAGUGUAUGUGUUUGUUUAUUUAAAUGAUUGUCUAUAGUAAUAAUGCCACACAUAGCUUAUAGUUAAAAUUAAUUAUUUAACAUUUAAAGGGGACAUAUCAUGAAAAUCUGACUUUUUCCAUGUUUAAGUGCUAUUAUUGGGUCUCCAGUGUUUCUAUCAACCUGGAAAAUGUGAAAAAGCAUUAAACCAUUCUUUGCAAGCAUGUGAAAAAAUAGGUCGUUGAAAUUUGGCUCCUCUUGUGAUGUCAGAAGGGGAUAAUACCGCCCCUUAAUCUGCACUUUCCAACCACGGCACUGCCAUUUAUACAAAGUGGCUAUUUUUAAAGUUAUAAUAAAUUAUCUAUAUGAUAUUUUGAGCUACAACUUCACAUAUGUACUCUGGAGACACCAAAGAUUUAUUUUACAUCUUAAAGUAUUGUGAAAUGUCCCCUUCAAUAGUCUCUACUGAUGUUCAACCCAUUUUUGUACUUGUAGUUUUAUUAUAAAUUAUAUGUAUUGGGUUAUCUGUAAUACUUGAAUGUUAUAAUUGUAUCUGUGUUGUUGUCGGUACUAUUUAUUUUUAA